GGCCCUCGAGGCUUUGCGUUCCCGCGUGGUGGAUGCCUCCGCCGAGAACGCGGUCGGCCGGGAGCCGGGGAGGAGCCUGGACGCCGGCCUGGCAGGUACCCCCGCGAGAACGUGGGAGCCGGUGUGUUUCAGAUGCAUUUAUUACUGAUCUCGGGCUGCAUCAGGGCACUUCUAGGACCGCACUGAAAACAGCGGGAAGUGAGGAGCCGAGCCUGGUCCGGGGCGGCCCGCCGUACAGCUGGUCACGGACUCCAUUGCCUGCGUCUGCAGAUGACUUGUUCUGGAGAGUAAAAAAUGUUCUCGGAUUUAAAGUACAAUCCUGUCUCCUUUCCAUUCAUUAGUGUUGCCUACACUCAGCAAACAAAAGUUGGGAAAGAUAAAGGGAUUAUUUCUAGCGCAUCACACUGACAAACACCGACGUUAACACGCCCAGUCCCGCCAGGCUCACUUGCCUCAGGUCGGGGAGGUCACCACUGACAACGCCGGGCCUUCAAGCCACUGCUAAUCCAGCUUCGUUCUCUCAGCCGCAGCCAGACCAGCCCUGCUGCCCGCCGCCCCACCACGUGCAGGUGUAAGCUUCCGCUGCACUCCUUGUCUGAACCUGCCCAGAAGAGGCUGCAUCUUUCCACUAAAUACUUUUCACUGAUAAGGGCCCUCCAAUCUCAUUCUCUGGAUAGAGUUUGGCGUUUUGUUUUUUUUUUGUUUUGUUUUGUUUAAAUACAAAAAAAAAACAAAACUCUUCAGCUAUUUGGUACUGCUUUCCCUCCGGGAUUCUGUCUCCGGAUUGUGAAAGCUAGCAGAAGAUGGAGUCAGGGAAAGCCAUGAUGGGAAGGUUCUCACUAAUAACUGCCUGAUAUAAAUAAUUGGCACAAAAGACUGCCAAAACCACAACCUUGCACAAAGGCCACAAAACUACACAAAAAAUGCUUCAAGGACAUUUGCACUGCAACUGCCUGUCCAACCUUGGACUGGCCAUCCCCUUUGUUACUUAUCUUUGUAGCCAAGGAUAAUUGUUUCAAAACAACUUACAUAAUCCUCCUCGUUUUUCCUUUUUAAACCCCUUGUCUUCCUUUACCUCCCUGAAUACACCUAUAGUUUACUAUAACACCAUAUUCUACAUUGCAAUGCCCACUCUCGAAUAAAUUUUUCAUGUUUGGCAAA